AUGAUCCAUCCGCGGGGUCUGCCGUUUCCCAAGUCGUCUUCGGUGCCUGGUGAAGGCCGAAUCGUGGCCAGGAUACUUCCCGGGGGUGCCAGCGGGCUUGAGUCUAUCUCGUAUCGGUAUCCGUUGAAACUCAUCUCUCCCACUUCGCCUGCUGGCGGCCGGAAGAGCGUCCUGGUCUUUCUCCUGUCGUAUGGGGGCGGUUUGGUGGCAGGAGAUGCAGUCAGUCUCUCUGUUCAUGUCCAAACCGGCGCCAGCCUCAGUCUCGUCACCCAGGGUCACACCAAGAUCUUUAAAUCGCCAUCUCCGGACGUCGUCACCAGCCAGCUUAUGACGGUCCGGCUGGAUGAGGGAGCCGCCUUGUGUCUGCUGCCAGAUCCUGUACAGCCGUUUGAAGAUAGUGUUUAUACUCAAACUCAGCUGUUUCACCUCUCGCCCCAAUCAUCUCUGUGUCUCUUGGACUGGGUGACAGCGGGUCGAACGGCGCGAGGGGAGGAUUGGAGCUUCACCAAUUGGACGGGGCGGAACGAAGUUUGGCUUGGAGCUGAGCCAGGUGGACGAGAUCGUCUCCUGGUGAGAGACACGGUCAUACUUUCUCAGCAAGGAACACAGGCUGUCGGGCAACAGCUCCGCUUAACGAUGCACAAAAUGAGUCUAUUCGGUACCUUGAUUCUACGAGGCCGCGCCACGGAGCGGUUGGCAUCAUUCUUCCUUUCCGAGUUUGACGCGCUCCCGCGAUUGGGAUCCCGCGACUUCCGCACACAGCAAGACCGUGACGAUGAGGCGAAGAGGAUGACAGAGUUGGAACAAUGGAGAGCGAGAAGGAUCGAAAGCGAAGUUGCAGGAGGGGUCUUGUGGUCCGCUGCUCGCGUUAGGGGCUGCGUCGUCGUCAAGUUUGGAACGCCAACAGUUGAGUCGGGCCGGGAAUGGAUCGGGUCCAUGCUGGCCAAGGAAGGGAGCAUACAUGCCCACUUUGGAGAGGAAGCCUUGAUUUGUGUAAAGUAA